AUGACUUACCAUAUGAGCAAUGAGGAAGUCACAUUAAUCAAGCUUCAAGGCUUGUUGAGAACUGCUGAAAGUGGAUUGAAAGGGAAAAGUGUCGAAUCCACUCCUACUCCUGUUGUUGCCCCAGUCCUGGACAUUGGACAUGGAAAAGGGAAAAAUAGGAAAGCUCCCUAUAAGAACUGGAAGGGAAAGUCCCAUGAUGGAUCUUCAUCAAGUGGAUCUAAGGCAAAAACCGGUUCUACCACUCCCUCCUCCGAUCCUGAAGAAGCAACGUGCUUCUACUACCAUGAUAAAGGGCAUUGGAAGAGAAGCUACCUGAAAUACUUGUAG